AUUUCGGCUUCAGAUUUGGGUAGUAGGGGCAGCGUGCCCGGUGUCGUGCAACCAUGGUGAAGACAACUUCCUUGACGAAAUCGGAGCUGGUGGAUGUCUUGGGUAGUGCCAAGACCAGCAAGGAGCGCAAUCGUGCGGUGAAGCUCUUGAAACAAUUUGAUCCAGUCCCGCAGUUCCAGUUUGAUGAUGAGGGCCUCAAGUCCAAGAUGAGGCCGAAAAAGUAUGACUAUUUGCUGGGCUACAUGUGCUUCAGAUGCGAUAAGGUGAAGCAGUCCAACUACAAGGUGAUUUGGAGCACAUCUAAGGGCAACAAGAUCAUCUGCCACCCGUGCUAUGCCCAGCUGGCCGAGCGUGAGGACGUGGCGCAGAUGCGUGCAGCGAAUCAGAAGGCUGGCAUCAUCCCCAAGGGCUUCGGUUUGGGUUUGACAGGUGUUGUGCCAGAACAAGGUCCGAGGUCUUAACCAGGUCUGGCGAAGUGAAAAAGCAGGCCUUGGGAAUCGCCGCAGACGACAGUAUCAUAUGCUAGCCGUGAG